AUGCUUCGAUUCGAGAAGGAGUCAGCAGUUUUCCCAAAGAUCAUUGGAAGAGGGAUGGCAAUGGAGCCAGUGGCGCAGGAAGUCUUCAAGCAGAGGCUGUACGAGUUGGCGAAGGAAAACGAGGCAAAGCAGACCCAGGAUCCGCCGCCAAGGGAAGCAGCAGUCACCAGCGGUGAUGAUGUGUUGGAGGGCAUGCUGAACGACCUGCUCGGAGCCUUGCGCCGCGAGGCUCCCAUGGAUCCCCUGUCGGAGGAGAAGGUGGCCGCCAUAGCAACGGCGGCGGAGGUGCAGGCGCAGGCCGCCUGCGCUGCCACGGCCGGCUCUGAGCCUGCAGAGUCCCAAGGUGUCUUGGUGGACCAGGCACCUGGAGCCGCAGACGGCCCCGAAGCGACGGGACCAGGCUUGCUGGCAGCUGUUCGAGCGGCAGAAUCAAUCAUGAAAGGAGACCAGGGCCGCGCUGAACCAGGAAAGAGCUGA